AUGCACAAGAAUGAAGCCCGUUUGGAUGAAGAGGUGGCUGCGCCAGCGAGUUCCCCCCCCCCCAAACAAAAAAAACCUCGCGCUUUGCCAUGCUCACCCUCCGUGAAGAAGUCUUCCCUAUACCCCAUCUCUCCCUUUCUCUCUUCCCUAUUCACGCUUCUCAUGCUUUCCCACACGCACACACACCACCACCGCCGCCCUCUCUCCUGUGAUCGCUGUGGCCGACGCCCUCCCCCUCCACUGUGCAGCUCAGCUCUCUUGUUCGCUAAGUUCCACUCACUCCUCUCCCCCCGCUUUCUCCCCCCCCCACUCGUCACCAUGAAGAUCUUCAAGGACGUGCUGACCGGCUCUGAGGUUGUCUGCGACAAUGACUGCCCGUUCGGCGUGGAGGGCGAUAUCAUGUAUGUGGUGGGCGGCCGCUACAUCGACGUUGGUGGCGAGGACUACGGUAUCUCGGCCAACGUAGACGAGGACGCUGCGGAGGGCGCGACUGGCGAAGUUGCAGAGGGAAAGCAGCGCGUGGUGGAUGUGGUGUACAACAACCGGUACACGGAGACAUCUUACGACAAGGCGUCGUACAUGGCGCACAUCCGCAGCUACAUGAAGCAGCUGCUGGAGAGGAUCGAGAACGAGGAGGAGAAGAAGGCGUUCCAGACGAACGCCGCGGCGUUCGUGAAGAAGGUGCUGAAGGAGAUCGACGAGUACCAGUUCUUCAUCCCGGAGGGCAACGACGAGGACCCGGACAACGGCAUGAUCGUGCUGUGCCGCUGGGACGGUGAGACGCCGCGGUUCUACUUCUGGAAGGAUGGCCUGAAGGGUGAGCGCGUCUAG